UAAAAACAGGGGGAGGAGGAGUCGGGUGAGAGGGAAAAAAUGAAGUCAAUUAUACAACACCCCGGCUCUCCCUCCUCUCCCCUCUGCUACUACUACAGCUGGUGGCUCCACAUGCGCCGCGGCGCUCCGAAGCCUUCACCGGGGCACACCGGCUGCAGUCCGUAGGCAUGUCGGCUGGGGGCUCUGACGGGACGGCGGACAGGCCAGCAGGUCCACCAGAUCCCGCUGCAGAGGAUGAAGGGCCAAGCCAAGCAGGCUCUUCGCUGCCAGCUGUCGAGCUGGCGAGGAAACGAAAGGGAGAUGUGGAGGAGAGGUCAGACGCGCAUGUACAGCAAAGCCUCAACAUCCAAAUGGACGAUGACCUCAGCAGAUCUGAAGGGGAGGAUCAGCAAGUCAAAAUGAAAUGCUUCAGGGAGCCUCAUCGUCAAAUUGAGAAGCGGCGGAGGGACAAAAUGAACAAUCUGAUUGAUGAGCUUGCCGCCAUGAUCCCCGCCUGUCAGCCCAUGGCUCGAAAGCUCGACAAACUCACUGUUCUGCGGAAGGCGGUGCAGCACUUGAAAGCCCUCAAAGCUGGGAUGGGCAGCGCCUUUUCAGAAACCACCUGCAAGCCUUCCAUCCUGCCUCACGAUGACCUCAGGCACCUUCUGCUGAGGGCUGCUGAUGGUUUCCUUUUAGUUGUAAGUUGUGACCGGGCGAAAAUCCUGUUCAUCUCCGAGUCCGUCUCCAAGAUCCUCAACUUUAGCCGGUUGGAGCUGACUGGGCAGAGCUUGUUUGAUUUCAUCCACCCCAAAGACAUCAACAAGGUGAAGGAACAGCUGUCUUCUUCAGAGAUGCACCCUCGCCAGCGGCUUCUUGAUGCAGCAACUGGGGUUCAGGUCCAGGUGGAUGCCCCUGUCAGAGCGACCCACUUAACCACCGGAGCUCGGCGAUCUUUCUUCUGCCGCAUGAAGCACAGUCGACUGGCAGGGAAACACGAGGACAAACACACACUUCCCUCUACUUCUAAAAAGAAAGACGCUUACAGAUACUGCACGCUGCACUGCACCGGAUACAUGAGGAGUUGGCCGAGCAGCCAGCUGGACUCAUCGGAGGCCGACGGCGACAAGGAAACCUCGACCCUGACCUGCCUGGUGACCAUGUGCCGCCUCUACCCUCACGUGUCCCAGCAGCCUCCCAAAGACAUCAACAUCAAGCCCCCCGAGUUCGUCACUCGCUGUGCGAUUGACGGCAAGUUCACUUUUGUAGAUCCACAAGCCACGAGCGUCAUUGGUUAUUUGCCGCAGGAAGUUCUCGGCACAUCCUGUUAUGAGUACUUUCACCAGGACGACCUGCAGCACCUCGCAGGGAAACACAGACAAGUUCUUCGAAGCAAAGAGAAGAUUGAGACGCAGCGCUACAAGUUUAAAACAAAAUAUGGCUCCUAUGUUUCACUCCAAAGUCAGUGGUUUAGUUUCACAAAUCCAUGGACCAAAGAAGUUGAGUUUAUCGUGUCUUUAAAUAGGCUAAUUUCGGGGCCUGGUCACACUAAAGAUGAGGAGGAGGCAGGCAGCUCAAAGGCACUCCAGGACGACAUGAAGCAAAUACCGGUCAUUCCCGGCUUCUCCAGCAGCGCGGGCACAAUGAUCUACGCAGGCAGCAUAGGGACCCAAAUCGCAAAUGAGCUCAUCGACACCUACAGGGUGAACUCAUCUCCAUCAAGUGGAGCUUCCAGUCCAUUUGGCCCAGCCCAGGAGAAAAGUCCAGUGGUUUCCUCACAAACCAGCAGGAGUGCAUCCAGCAGAGAGGAGGCAGCAGGCAGUUCAUCACAGUCCCAGUCCCAGUCUGAUUCAAGGACAGCAGCAAACAUGAGCAGUGCGACUUCUGAAAGCGCAGGUGAGCCGUCCCAGCUGGACUUGGACAGCAUGGUGGUGCCAGGCCUGAGCGGCUUCAGCAGCGAUGAAGCUGCCAUGGCGGUCAUCAUGAGCUUACUGGAGACGGACGUAAACAUGGGUCAAUCGGGGGACUUGGAGGAUUUACACUGGCCUUUCUAGAGCGCACUCAGACUCUCAGCCUCUCUCUCACACACUGUUGUGCCGUUUCUUGCCGUUUGCUGAGAAGUUGGCCGUUCGGUUAAUUCUGAUCUGCCUGAUGCCUCAACCGGCCUUGCACAAUUGAAGCUACAGGACUUGUACCAAAAACCGCAACAUGUCAGGCUUGAGGACUGCUGAAUAAAAGUGUACAGGAAGUAUUGUGACUGUGAUUAGCUCGUGGGUCCCUUGGUUUUUGCUCGAAGGAAGGUCUGGUCCAAGUUGCCUUGGAGCCUGCAGUGAUACAGUGUCUUCCUUUAGUAACACUUGUGCAUCCUGAAGGGGGUUUGGGCCGAGACUUCCCACAGUAGAGAGAUCUAUUUGCUCUGCUGCCCUCAGGUCUGGAGGAGAAUAAAGCUCCUGUAAUGUGCAGCGCUGCUACAGAAACUCCUCAAACCUUUGAUAUUUGUGGAACUUUUGGUACACUUUUAGGACUGACUUGUUUUUCAUAACAUAGUCUGAUUUGUUUCUUUUUUUGUUUCUUUUUUUAAUGUUUUUUUUUUUUUAAAAAUCCCCACCAGACACAUUUUAAGUAAAAGUAAAGAAAGAAAAAACAAAAACAAACCUCAUGAGUAAAUUACUGAAGAAGGCUAAAAAGAAUGUCUACCCUUUAUCUCCUCGAUUGAGAAUUGCAGCUAAAUAUGUAAAAAUGGGGGCUCGUCAGGCCUUGAACAACCACCACUGAUUCAGCUACAUUUCAUUUUGGACAUGGCUGGCACAACCACACAGUGUGGGGUGAGUUAAAAAAAAAUGAAUGAAUGCUGUUACCUAAAAUUCUGCAUUGAUUCACAAAUGCCAAGAUUUUUUUGUAAUACCCUAAAGGCAGGAAAAAGGUAGAAUUCCACUCUGAGUUCUGAAUCUUUGGGUAGUUAUCUUGUAGUUUCUCUACAUAAAGACCAGUGUUUAGGCACAUUUUAGAUUUAUUGACUUAGUCAUUAUUAUUAUUUAAUUAUUUUGUGACUUCUUCAUACCCCACCGCACUUUACAAACCUGCCCACUGGGCCGUCGUGGCAGUAAUGGGGUGAAGACAAUAUCACAGACUAGAAAGACUGGUUUAUUUCAGAAAUCACUGCUGGGGACAUGAAGAUUGUGGGUUUUAUCGGAUUAACAGAAUUGUGAGAUUGCCAAAGACACUCAACCCUUCAAAUCACACGUACUGUAUUAUUUAACAGAAAUCAUGCUCAAUUCUGAUCAUUUAUGUACACAAAUUAUCCAGAAGUGUGUCUGAUUUUGUCAACACAGCAACUAUCAUGUAGAGCAUCUACUGAGCACGUUUAUCACCACACGAGCAAAGCUGCUAGGCUUAUGCUUAGAGAGAAUUGCUCAUCAAAGAAUUAUUACACUUAAAUAAUGUGAUUAAAACUUUUCACAUUAUUAUCUAGCACAACCACCACACAGAUUCCAAUUUUGAGCUAGCUAGAGGGCUAUUAGCAAUGAACACUAAUGCUAUGAAAACCUACGAAUGGAACGUGUUUGAUGGUGAACACUUUACUUCAGGACUGUUUUUAUUGAAAGAAAUACUUGAAUAUUGAAUCCUGUUUACAGUUCUGAUUGCUGGAUAAAUGAUAGGAAUGUUAGACUUUAUAUUUGACUUGCUACACAUGUGCAACCAAAUAUCUGACCAAGUGGUUUCUCAUUUCAUAGAGAGAAGCUAAACCAAAAUAGCUUCACAUUUAACAGUUUAACCACCCAAGUUCCUCUGUACUUGAUGUUACAAAUCACGGCCAUAUAUUUACAAUUGAGAGAAAUAUGAUUACGGCCUCCUUGUAAAAAAUACAAUAAGUAAAGGAGAACAUAAAGAAAACAAAAUAAAGUGGUGUUUAUGUUGAGUAUGUAACAGAAAGCUGGUAAAGUGUAUGCUUCUAUUAUGAAUAUGCACUAAAGGAUGAAGUAUGCCUGUAGUGUUAGUUAUCGGAGACUUUCUGUAUUCCAAGCAGUACGCUAACAUCCUCGGAGGAGAAUGUGUGAAAAAAUGUUUUCAGUUUAAACAAGAAAGUCAAGUCAAAGGACUUUGAGGACAGAUUUCCUUCCUCUCGCCUCGGAAUAUCUGAAAUUAGCUGUGAUAUUUGUGUCCCCAUGGAGCCACUCAUGAAGCAUCUCAACAUUGUGGGUAGCUCAAAAAGGCCACCAUUAGCUGUCAGAGGUCAGAAUGAGCUGCAGCCACUAUCAUGUACUACAUUACCACGCUUAUGAUUAGCUUGUUAGUAUAAAAAAUCUGGGGUUGACGGGCUGGAUGAAAAGGUUUUUUUUCUAAAAAAAAUAAAUAUAUAAAAAAAUCACAAAUUGGGACCCUGACGAAGGUGGGUUUUAGUUUAAUUUGCAGUGACUGCCGUCAGUAUAGCACAUGUAGAGUCUGGUUAUAUCACUGGUUCCUUGAAAUCUUGAAAGUAUAAUGUGAUUCUGUUGCCUUGAAUACAUGUUGCAUCUGAUGGGGUUCGGCCGGAAAUCAAGAGUUAGGCGGUCUUUUUCCUUUACAAGGAAAACUCACAACAUACUCUUGCCAUCUGUGCCAUGUGAAAUGGACUCUAAAGCAUGAUGAUCAUGCCCCGUUAUCAAAAGACAAAGUGUCUGAUAUUUGUAUGUGAUAACUGUUGUCAUUGUAUCUGCUGUAACAGAACAGAGGGUGAAGCCUUUGUCAGUAAAAUAGUAUUUUUAAGAAAUUGUCCAAAAUUCUCCUUUCAUUUAAAAUUAUGGUCUCAAUUUGAUACCAGUGCCACGUGGUUUUGCACGUCACUGUUUACUGAUGUCUGACAAUGAAAAUGUUAAUUUUUUUUCUUAUUUCAGUUUUGUGGAAGAGGAAACAUUUUCUUGUCUUGCAGAGGUAGAACAGGUAGAUCAGGACACCAAAUCUGAGAAACAACAAAGAUAAUUAUUUCAGAUUACACAGGCCCUUUAGCCACUGGGUUAGUCCGUUAGACAUGAAACAGCAUUUAUCUUUAAUAUGAGAACACAUUUACAGAGGUUUAUAAAAUCUGCUUCACUGUCCAAACAUUUCUCACCACAGUCUGCUCUUUGGCUGUGGGGAAUCAGUGUUUGAGUACAGUCACCUGUUUUAUUUGAGUGGGUUUAUAUGCAGAGGUGCAAUACAUGGCAAACUUACUACAUGACAUUCCCCACUUCAUUACAUUUUCAGGUGCCAAGGCAUUAAACCUUUUUAGACCUAAUCAAUAUCACCUGUUGGGAGACUUUGAGAAGC